AUGUGGCUGCUGCGGGCAUCCAACGGCAGAUCCAGACGCAUCGCGAUGGGGCCGCGAAACGGACACCAGCCAAGCCCGCCCUUCGUGCCCGACCAGAGGCAGAGGCCCCCGUCGACCGGCACGACCUACCUGUUUUCCCCUGCGGGCCUUGGGCAAGAAGGACAAAGAGAGUUGGAGCCGACUUGCAUGCCGGCUAAGCGCAACGCGGCAACCCGGGGCCCGCGCGGUGGACCACGGCUCCGUGUAAGUCGCCGUCUCAGCGGGGCACGGGCCGGCAGCAGCUCAGACCUCCCGGGGGGCCAGCCAGCGUUGCAACGCCAUAGGCAUAGGCAUGGGCAUGGGCACUGUUUGCGUUUGCCUGGGUCGGCGGACGUCGACGACGACGACGCGCGCUGGUUUGUCGGCUGGUGUGACGUGUGCGACCAGAAAGCGGCUUUACAGCCCGACCAUGACGGGGUGUCGUUGCUGGUGGCCCCCUCGGGCGUCCACAGCAGGACAUCACGCGGCGACGAGACGAGACGAGGCGACUCGAGACGAGCAACGGGCGCGAUGGACGACGAGGCCCAAAAACAACAACCGGUCAAGCCAAAAUACUACGAGUCAACUCUCCCGUCGUCUCGAGGGGCAGGACAUACCCGACGUCGCGGUGGCAAACGGGUCGAACAGGGACACGUACAUGGCGUUCGACCUGGGACUCGUCACUCCCCGUCGCUCGUCGAUCGCUGGACGGACGGACCCGAGACCCGGCGGGGCGGAGGGACAGGACACGGGCAUGCAGGAGACGUGCUGCAGCAUAUGCGGUGGACGGACGAUGAGCGAUGGCUGGCGAUAAUGAUGGCAGGGCGCCCCAUCCGAGCGAGACGACGAGGGGAGAGAGGGCGGCGGCGGCGGCGGCGGCGGAUGCGGGCGCCACAGAAGAGGAGAGUGGAGGGGCGGCAGUUGCUGGAGGAAGGAACGAUGGAUGCAACCACAUGGGCGACCGCAUCCGCAUUUCGCAGCGCAGCGCAGCGCAUGGCCUCGCAUAAGGUGCAUCUGCGGCAGGAGGAGCAUCUACCUACAAUCUGCCUCCCAUUGUCUCGCCCUGGCCAGAUACGCGGCUUUGUAGCUGGCAUCAUCUCCAAUAAACCUCGAGGCACGGGCACCCACCACGAGGCAAGGUAA